AGGACACGAAGUAAGGUAAGUGCGAAUUCCUCGGAAUCCCGUCGCGCAUGGUCAAGUCUAAUUAGAUUUUCGAUUUUCUUGGAUUUUCCAUUUUCUCGAUGACUUCGCAUUAUUGCUAGAAUUUUUACAGAAGCCGUAGCGGUUUGCCCUAUUCCUCGUACAUAAGUGGCAGUCUUUCGAAGUAAUGAUUUCGAGCAUAAAUUGAAGGACCACAGUGCUUGGAUUUCUACAAACAUUCCCGGUUGUAUUUCCCAACUUUCGGUAGUUCGUCUCGAGAAGUACUGUUUUGAGGAAUGAAUAUGGAAAGUGGAAAGAUGGAAUCAGUAUUCAGCAACUCUGGAAAUAGAGAAGAAGACGAGAAACUGCUUCAACCCUAUUUCUACAUUCUACAAGUUCCGGGGAAGCUGAUCCGAGCUAAAUUAGCCCGAGCUUUCGAUUACUGGUUGAAAAUACCAGCCGAUAAAUUAAUCUUGGUUAGCGAAAUUGUUCAGAUGUUGCAUAACGCUAGUCUGCUAAUCGACGAUAUUCAAGAUAACUCGAUUCUGCGACGCGGAAUACCGGUUGCUCAUUCCAUCUAUGGAGUUGCCAGUACGAUCAAUGCUGCUAAUUACGUCAUGUUUAUCGCUUUAGAAAAAGUUAUCAGUUUGAAUCAUCACGAGGCGAUCAACGUGUAUACAGAACAGCUGUUGGAGCUUCAUCGAGGUCAAGGAAUGGAAAUUUAUUGGAGAGAUAAUUUCACUUGCCCUUCCGAAGAUGAAUAUAAAACUAUGACUAUUCGAAAAACUGGAGGAUUAUUCAUGUUGGCAAUCAGACUUAUGCAGCUGUUUAGCGAUAAUAAAUCGAAUUUUAAGAAACUUACCGAACUUCUAGGGUUAUAUUUACAAAUCAGAGACGACUAUUGUAAUUUAAGAUCGGCUGAGUAUACUUCGAAUAAGAGUUUUUGCGAAGAUUUAACCGAAGGAAAAUUCAGUUUCCCCAUCAUCCAUGGUAUUCAAAGCCAUCCCGAAGAUCGUCAGAUUUUCAAUAUUCUUCGUCAACGAACCAGUGACAUAGAAGUAAAACGUUACUGCGUCAAAUUACUGGAAAAGUUUGGCUCGUUCCAAUAUACGAGGAAUAUUCUAUUGGAUAUCGACAAAGAAGUACGUGCCGAAGUAGCUAAAUUAGGAGACAACCCAUUAAUGAUUUCGUUAAUAGACGAAUUGCUAAGCUGGGAUACUAUGGAAGAGAAUACUUGAAGAUUUACUAUCGAGACGGUUCGAUAUUCAAUUUUUUUUCUCUUUCCUUUGCCAGCUGACGAAGAGGUUAACUAGUCAAUCGCGGUUGUAUAUUAUAUCUGCUGAGGCAUACGCAUUAAUAAUAUUCAGUCUUAUCGUAAUGAAAAAUGAUUACGGUAUUCGAUUUUUAAAACGCUUACGAAUAAGUAUUUUUUCAUAAGUCAAACAGUAUCUUCAUCAUUCUUAAUUAUUAUGUCGUUCCCUAGUACUUAAUUUUUUUUUUUUUUGGAAACAUUUGUUUUUUUCUUAGAUUUUUAUCGAAUACGCGAUGAUAUUACGUUUUAAUGUUACUUUCUCGAGUACUUAAAAGUGAUACCUUGUUAGGUUCAAUUUUUAGUGUAUUUUCGUUACGUUGACGUAUUUUUUCUACAUCUUUUUCAAUUGAUUAUAUUUACUUAUUAUAUGUUUUAUAUCUUGAAUCUAUUCUCAAGUUAUUUCGCUUGCUUCGAGUAGUUCAAGACCCGGGCUUCCAAUGUUUUAAUUACGUAUUUUCAUUGUUAUAUGUAACCUUUUAUCAUUUUACAUUAGGUAUUGUAUAAUUUUCGUGCUAAUAUCAAGUACCUAUAUUUGCCGAAACAUCGAAAUAAUUAAAUGUUUUACUGCCUUUGUUUUA